CACAGAUAUAACUGUGGAUACAGGGUACAGAGGACAGAGGCUUCAGAGCCGCUUUAGUUGUCGCGGACUCCACAUUCCACCAGAAAGCUUUGUAGCGUUCACGCUUGUUUCCACCAGUUCAACUCAACGUUGACUGUUCUUUUUUUUGGUGAAGUUUAACUCAGCAAAACCGCAACCAUGUCUGACGAGGAAGAAUACACGGAGGGAGAUAAUCCCGAGUUUAUGAAGAGACAAGAACAAAAAAGAAGUGAUCUCGAUGAACAACUUAAAGAAUAUAUUAUGGAAUGGCGCAAACAAAGAGCCAAAGAAGAAGAAGAACUCAAGCGCCUUAAGGAAAAACAAGCCAAACGUAAGGUUAGCCGGGCUGAAGAAGAAAAAAGACUCGCCCAAAAGAAGAAGGAAGAAGAAGAACGUCGUCAACGUGAAAUUGAGGAGAAAAAACAACGUGAUAUCGAAGAGAAGAGAAGACGUUUGGAGGAAUCUGAAAAGAAACGUCAAGCUAUGAUGCAAGCAAUGAAAGACCAAAGCAAAAAAGGUCCAAACUUCACAAUUACCAAAAAAGAUCUUGCAGGAAACAUGUCAUCGGCGGCAUUGGAGCGUAAUAAGACAAAGGAGCAAUUAGAAGAGGAAAAGAAAAUCUCUUUAUCAAUCCGCAUCAAACCCCUAGAAAUUGAUAACUUAUCAAUUGAAAGACUUCGAUCCAAGGCUACAGAAUUGUGGGAAACAAUUGUCAAACUAGAAACGGAGAAAUAUGACUUAGAAGAAAGGCAAAAACGUCAAGAUUAUGAUUUGAAAGAAUUGAAGGAGAGACAGAAACAACAAUUGAGGCAUAAAGCUUUGAAAAAAGGUCUCGACCCUGAAGCUCUCACUGGAAAAUACCCACCUAAAAUCCAAGUAGCAUCAAAAUACGAACGUCGUGUCGACACCAGAUCCUAUGACGACAAAAAGAAACUAUUUGAAGGUGGACUCACCGAGAUGCUAAAGGAGACCAAGGAGAAGGAGUGGACCCAGCAAAAGGAACAAUUCCUUGGUCGCCAGAAGACGAAAUUACCUAAAUGGUUUGGUGAGAGACCGGGCAAGAAGAAGGAUGACCCAGAAUCACCGGAAGGUGAGGAAGACGUGAAAGCUGCUGCCGAUGAAGAUUUGGAACCAGCAAUGGAAGAAGAAGAAGAAGAAGGUGAAGAGGAGGAGGAAGAAGAAGAGGAAGAGGAGGAAGAAGAAGAAGAAGAAGAAGAGGAGGAAGAGGAGGAGGAGGAAGAAGAAGAAGAAGAAUAAUUAUGUCAAUAUUGAUAUAUGUAUCUGAAAUGCAUUAUUAUGUCAAAAAAUAUAUGAGGAAUCAUUGUCAUUUAACUAAUUACUAAAAAAUAAAAUCCUUAUAAUAUA